UGCAGAUGCUGCGGUAUAUUCUACUGGUCUUAAUCAUUGUUAUCUCUUCUAUAGCUGUAUUAAUAAAAAGUAAAACAUGCAUCAAUGGUGAUCAAGAAGGAGAGCGGUGUUUUUGUCAUGACGGAUGGACUGGUGCCAUGUGUCACAGAAAAAUGAACUGUGAUGGCUACGAACGGCACACGAACGGAUCAUGCGUCAUGUGUGUGAAUGGAUGGACGGGACCAGACUGCGAUGCCAUUGACUGCAGUGAGCACGGAUCGCCUAACUAUGACCUUACAAGUUGUCAUUGUGAAAAACCUUAUUCAGGGCAAUUUUGUGAAAAAUUUGUCACAAAGGACGUCUACUCGUACUACAACAACCUCGUCUCUCGAACUGGUGCGCUUGGCGUACUGGCGGUCAUUCCAAUGUUAUUGAUUUAUGCAACAUGCGAUCGUUACGCAAAAAGGCGACAACAGGAGCGUGUUGAAAGACACUUGGUAGGAACCGGCUUGUUUACGCAUCCAAGUAAGACGGUGAAUCGAGAAGCAGUCGAAUCAUUACUGUACAGUGAUAGUGAAUAAAAUAC